AGGAUGGGACGCCAGACCUUCUGGGCCUUCUGCCUCUUGGCCUGCUUGACUGGGACCUCCUUGGCGGAAGGAUCACCCAAAAUCCAGGCUCGAUCCAAGUGCCCUGAUCAGGCUGUUUAUUAUCGACUGCAAUGUUAUCACCCAAUUUAUAUGCUCCUCAGCUGGUACGAGGCAGAGAUUGAGUGCCAACACCUGAGGAGUGGAAGCCACUUGGCUACUAUUCUGACUGCUGCUGAGGAAAAAAUUGUCUCCUCCCAUAUCAGGCGCUCCAACUCCGCCACGAAUGCCUGGAUUGGGAUGAACGCUGUGCAAGAGGGCAAGAAACUCAACUGGCAAUGGAGCGACGCAACCACCUAUACCCCAGGAAGCCUCCUCUGGGACAACAGAGCCCCCAGCACCACAGUUUCCACCUCUCAAUGCAUCUCAGUCGCCAACAUCCAGACUCCAGGAAACGCAGUCAGGUGGAUCCAGCAGACCUGUGAAUCUGUCCUGCCCUUCAUUUGCAAGUACAAAGCUUCUAACUAGGUCUAACCAGCCACAGAGGAGACGAGCAGCCGGCCUCUUCCUCCUUGGGGAGCAUCUAAGGCGGCUUCUGCAACACCCCAGAUUCCACGGGAGCUCAACCUCCUGACCCUCCUUGACCGUCUUCCUCCCAGUAGGACAACCAACCUCACUUCCUGGUGCGACCUGGUGCAAAGUUCCUCACUCAAACCCUCCUGCGGUUCUUGCUAACUGUUGAGGGUUGCUAACCUCAAUGCUUUUAAGAUGUUUAUACCUGUGUUUCUCUUCUACUGUGAGCUGCCCAGAGUCACCUGGGAUGCUUGGCUGCAUGUAAAUUGAACAAACAAAUAAAUAAACAGCAAACGGCUUCUUGGGUUUACUGAAUUAGAACGGAAAAGGUCCUUCCUCAUUUGGCCAGGGUAGAAUUGUUUGGCCCUGAUUUGGCUGCCAAAAGAAUAGAUGUGGACACAGCUACACACCCUUCUUGGUGGGUCAGUGUGAGCCCCCCCAGACCUUGGUUUGCAAAGCAUUUUGAAGCCAUCGGCCCAAAGGCCAGGCAUAAGGAUGGUCCUGUGAUUUUUUUCUAUCGGGGAGAUUGAAUCGGCUUGAAUGAAGAAACUCUUCUGCAAAAUCCAAGCGGUUCCUGUGUCUGUCUGGGGGGGCAAAUCUGUAAAGGGAGUUUCCUUGUUUUCCCGCCUUUUUUCUUCUGCAUGUGCUGUUCUCUGAUUUACCUGAGGAUUUACC